AUGAGUCCAGCCCCCAACCUCCGUGGCCAGGUGACCGACCAGGUCGUUGCCACCGAGCACUUCAGUAACGACACUACGUCAUCGCCGGACGAGACCGGCACGCCGACACCGAUACCGGCGCCGAGUCCCUUCGCCGCACGCUUCCUCACCCUCCCCUCCGAGCUGCAGACGCAGAUUCUGCUCUUCCUUUCCCCAGACGAGCUUAGCGUUCUCUCGUCUGUACCCCAGCUCAGCGGCAUCGAGAAGGACGAGUACCUCCGCACCGUGUGGAUUCACCGGGGAAAUCGACACUGCUUCUUCUCGCGCGUAAUCAUUUCAGCUGAUGGCCAAACGGAACGUACAGCUGACACGCAGACCGUGCCUUCGCGCCUGUCGCACUUCUUCGCCUUCCGGCCCGACCCGCUCGAGCUCGUUCGCCGCGGGACACUGCGCGGAAUCGCUAUUGUCAACAGCAUCCGCGACGGCACCUACUGGGCUUCCAACAGCGCCGUCCGGCUGUCGAUGAUCCACGAGCGCCUGACAUUGUCCAAUCGGCGCCGCUUCCUCUCCGCCUUCCUCGACGCCAGACCGACGCGCGAAUCCCUCAUCGCGCGGGGCAUUCUCCCCGUUCCGAACGUUAGAGGUCGGCUCGCGGCCAAGAUUCACACGCUGGAGCGACAGCGCCGCUUCGAGAGCAUCAAGCACUCUCUCGUCUCACAAGGUUUGGGAACGAAGCGCUUUCUCGAGGUCAGGCAGGAGUCAGGCUGGCUCUGGAGGCGCGAGGAGGAGAGAGUACUCCUAGCUGUGUGCCCCGUGAUCAAGGAGAAGCAGCGGUUCUACGAAGGACUGAGCGCCGUGUCGACGACCGCGUGA